AUGGAUAUUAACAUCGGAACGGAUCUGAGAGAGAUGGAGAGAAAGAUGGGUCGGAAGAUUCCUUUUGCCAUGGAUGGACGGAUCAUGAAAGAGAAUACAGAUGGUGGAGACAAGUGGGACUCGCCUGGCCAUGUGAAAGACAUGUCCUACAAGAUGAGUCUGCAGAGCAAGAUGCAAGUCCUAAGACAAGAAAUGGUUCGUAUUUUAUUUAACCUUUAUUGUGUCUAAGUGUCUAUCCAAGUCCUGUAUAUUCUAUCCAAGUCCUGUAGAGUGUUUAUCCAAGUCCUUUAUCCAAGUGUUUGAGUGUCAAUUCAAGUCCUGUAGAGUGUUUAUCCAAGUCCUGUAGAGUGUUUAUCCAAGUCCUGUAGAGUGUUUAUCCAAGUCCUGUAGAGUGUUUAUCCAAGUCCUGUAGAGUGUUUAUCCAAGUCCUGUAGAGUGUCUAUCCAAGUCCUGUAGAGUGUUUAUCCAAGUCCUGUAGAGUGUUUAUCCAAGUCCUGUAGAGUGUUUAUCCAAGUCCUGUAGAGUGUUUAUCCAAGUCCUGUAGAGUGUUUAUCCAAGUCCUGUAGAGUGUUAUCAAGUCCUGUGAGUCCUGAGAUGUUUAUCCAAGGAGUGAUCCAUGUAGAGUGUUUAUCCAAGUCCUGAGAGUGUCUAUCCCAAGUCCUGUAGAGUGUUUAUCCAAGUCCUGUAGAGUGUCAAUCCAAGUCCUGUAGAGUGUUUAUCCAAGCCUGUAGAGUGUUUAUCCAUCUAGAGUUAUCCAAGUCCUGUAGAGUGUCUAUCCAAGUCCUGUAGAGUGUUUAUCCAAGUCCUGUAGAGUGUUUAUCCAAGUCCUGUAGAGUGUUUAUCCAGUCCUGUAGAGUGUUAUCAAGUCCUGUAGAGUGUUUAUCCAAGUCCUGUAGAGUGGUCUAUCCAAGUCCUGUAGGAGUGUCAUCAAGUCUGUAGAGUGUUUAUCCAAGUCCUGUAGAGUGUCUAUCAAGUCCUGUAGAGUGUCUAUCCAAGUCUGUAGAGUGUCUAUCCAAGUCCUGUAGAGUGUUUAUCCAAGUCCCUGUAGAGUGUUUAAUCCAAGUCUGUAGAGUGUUUAUCCAAGUCCUGUAGAGUGUCUAGCCAAGUCCUGUAGAGUGUCUAUCCAAGUCCUGUAGAGUGUUUAUCCAAGUCCUGUAGAGUGUCAAUCCAAGUCCUGUAGAGUGUUUAUCCAAGUCCUGUAGAGUGUUUAUCCAAGUCCUGUAGAGUGUCUAUCCAAGUCCUGUAGAGUGUCUAUCCAAGUCCUGUAGAGUGUUUAUCCAAGUCCUGUAGAGUGUUUAUCCAAGUCCUGUAGAGUGUUUAUCCAAGUCCUGUAGAGUGUUUAUCCAAGUCCUGUAGAGUGUUUAUCCAAGUCCUGUAGAGUGUUUAUCCAAGUCCUGUAGAGUGUUUAUCCAAGUCCCUGUAGAGUGUUUUAUCCAAGUCCUGUAGAGUGUUUAUCCAAGUCCUGUAGAGUGUUUUAUCCCAGUCUUGUAGAGUGUUUAUCCAAGUCCUUGUAUAGUGUUUAUCCAAGUCCUGUAGAGUGUUUAUCCAAGUCCUGUAGAGUGUUAUCCAUCCAAGCCCUGUAGAGUGUUUAUCCAAGUCCUGUAGAGUGUUUAUCCAAGUCCUGUAGAGUGGUCUAUCCAAGUCCUGUAGAGUGUUUUAUCCAAGUCCUGUAGAGUGUUUAUCCAAGUCCUGUAGAGAUGUUUAUCAAUCUGUGAUGUAUCCAAGUCCUGUAGAGUGUCUAUCCAGUCUGUAGAGUGUUUAUCCAAGUCCUGUAGAGUGUUUAUCCAAGUCCUGUAGAGUGUUUAUCCAAGUCCUGUAGAGUGUUUAUCCAAGUCCUGUAGAGUGUUUAUCCAAGUCUGUAGAGUGUUUAUCCAAGUCCUGUAGAGUUUUAUCCAAGUCCUGUAGAGUGUUAUCCAAGUCCUGUAGAGUGUUUAUCCCAAGUCCUGUAAGUGUUUAUCCAAGUCCUGUAGAGUGUUAUCCAAGUCCUGUAGAGUGUUUAUCCAAGUCCUGUAGAGUGUUUAUCCAGUCCUGUAGAGUGUUUAUCCAAGUCCUGUAGAGUGUUUAUCCAGUCCUGUAGAGUGUUUAUCCAAGUCCUGUAGAGUGUUUAUCCAAGUCCUGUAGAGUGUUUAUCCAAGUCCUGUAGAGUGUUAUCCAAGUCCUGUAGAGUGUUUAUCCAAGUCCUGUAGAGUGUAUAUCCAAGUCCUGUAGAGUGUUUUAAUCCAAGUCCUGUAGAGUGUUUAUCCAAGUCCUGUAGAGUGUAUAUCCAAUCCUGUAGAGUGUUUUAUCCAAGUCCUGUAGUAGGUUAUUAUCCAAGUCACUGUAGAGAGUUAUAUCCAAGUCCUGUGAGGGGUUUAUAUAUUUCAGGUCUUUUGUAGAGUUUACCCCAAUCAUUUUAAAGAAAAAUCAGGUUAAAUAUAUCCAGAGAUAUGGUAAGUGUAACAGUAUAUAAUUUUAUCUUCAAGUUACCCUGUAGAGCCUGUUGUACUUUCUCUAGCCGUCAAUUCGAUCCAAGUCCUGGUAGAGUGUUCUUAUCCAAGUCCACUGCCCUAACUCCUGUUUGUCUGUUCUCUCCACAACACAGUCACACUGCCUAACUCAUGUUUGCCUGUGUUCUCUCCAACACACAGUCACCCUGCCUAGAUCCUGUUUGUCCUGUUCUAUCCAACAACACAGUCACACCUGCCUAACUCCGGUGUGUCCUGUUCUUCCCACAACACAGUCCACCUGCCAACUCCUGUUGUCGUCUCUCCAACACAGUCACACGUCCAACUCCUGUUGGCUUCUUCCCAACACAGUCACACUGCCCUAACUCCGUUUGUCCGUUCUCUCCAACAACACGUCACACCUGCCCUAUAUUGCCGUUCUCUCCAACACAGUUCAACCGCUAACCUGUGUCUGUUCUCUCCAACAACCACAGUCACACUGCCCUAACUCCUGUGUGUGCGUUCUUCCCAACACACAGUCACACUGCCCUAACUCUGUGCCUGUUCUCUCCAACAACACGUCACACCUGCCCACUCCUGUUGUCUGUCUCUCCCAAACACAGUCACACCUGCCCUAACGUCCUGUUUGUCCUGUUCUUCUCCAACAACACAGUCACACCUGCCCUAACUCCUGUUUGUCCUGUUCUCUCCCAACAACACAGUCACACCUGGCCCUAACUCCUGUUUGUCCUGUUCUCUCCCAACAACACAGUCACACCGCCCUAACUCUGUGUGUCCUGUUCUCUCCAACAACACAGUCACACACUGCCCUAACUCCUGUUUGUCCUGUUCUCUCCCAACAACACAGUCACACCUGCCCUAACUCCUGUUUGUCCUGUUCUCUCCCAACACACAGUCACACCUGCCCUAACUCCUGUUUGUCCUGUUUUCUCCACAACACAGUCACACCUGCCCUAACUCCUGUUUGUCCUGUUCUCUCUCAACAACACAGUCACACCUGCCCUAACUCCUGUUUGUCCUGUUCUCUCCAACACAGUCACACCUGCCCUAAACUCCUUGUUUGUCCUGUUCUCUCUCAACACAGUCCACACCUGCCCUAACUCCUGUUUGUCCUGUUCUCUCCCAACACAGUCACACCUGCCCUAACUCCUGUUUGUCCUGUUCUCUCUCCAACAACAGUCACACCUGCCCUAACUCCUGUUUGUCCUGUUCUCUCCCAACAACACAGUCACACCUGCCCUAACUCCUGUUUGUCCUGUUCUCUCCAACAACACAGUCACACCUGCCCUAACUCCUGUUUGUCCUGUUCUCUCCAACAACACAGUCACACCUGCCCUAACUCCUGUUUGUCCUGUUCUCUCUCAACAACACAGUCACAACACUGCCCUAACUCCUGUUUGUCCGUUCUCUCCCACAACACAGUCACACCUGCCCUAACUCCUGUUUGUCCUGUUCUCUCCCAACCAGUCACAACCUGCCCUAACUCCUGUUUGUUCCUGUUCUCUCCAACAACACGUCACACUCCUAACUCCGUGUCCGUCUCUCCAACAAGUCACAUGUUCCUAACUCCUGUUGUCCGUCUCUCAACAACACAGUCACACCCUGCCCUAACUCCUGUUUGUCCUGUUCUCUCCACAAACACAGUCACACCUGCCCUAACUCCUGUUUUGUCCUGUUCUCUCUCAACAAACCAACGCCCUAACUCCGUUGUCAUGUCCUCCCAACACAGUCACACCUGCCCUAACUCCUGUUGUCCUGUUCUCUCUCAACAACACAGUCACACACCUGCCCUAACUCCUGUUUGUCCUGUUCUCUCCCAACAACACAGUCACACACCUGCCCUAACUCCUGUUUGUCCUGUUCUCUCUCAACAACACAGUCACACCUGCCCUAACUCCUGUUUGUCCUGUUCUCUCCCAACACAGUCACACCUGCCCUAACUCCUGUUUGUCCUGUUCUCUCCCAACAACCAGUCACACCUGCCCUAACUCCUGUUUGUCCUGUUCUCUCCCACAACACAGUCACACACUGCCCUAACUCCUGUUUGUCCUGUUCUCUCCCACACAGUCACCACACCUGCCCUAACUCCUGUUUGUCCUGUUCUCUCUCAACAACACAGUCACACCUGCCCUAACUCCUGUUUGUCCUGUUCUCUCCCAACACAGUCCAACACCUGCCCUAACUCCUGUUUGUCCUGUUCUCUCCAACAACACAGUCACACCUGCCCUAACUCCUGUUUGUCCGUUCUCUCCCAACACACGUCACACCUGCCCUAAACUCCUGUUUGUCCUGUUCUCUCUCAACAACACAGUCACACCUGCCCUAACUCCUGUUUGUCCUGUUCUCUCUCAACAACACAGUCACACCUGCCCUAACUCCUGUUUGUCCUGUUCUCUCCAACAACACAGUCACACCUGCCCUAACUCCUGUUUGUCCGGUUCUCUCCCAACACACAGUCACACCUGCCCUAACUCUGUUUGUCCUGUUCUCUCCACAACACAGUCACACCUGCCCUAACUCCUGUUUGUCCGUUCUCUCUCCCAACACAGUCACACCUGCCCUAACUCCUGUUUGUCCUGUUCUCUCCAACAACACAGUCACACCUGCCCUAACUCCUGUUUGUCCCGUUCUCUCUCCCAACACAGUCACACCUGCCCUAACUCCUGUUUGUCCCGUUCUCUCUCAACAACACAGUCACACCUGCCCUAACUCCUGUUUGUCCUGUUCUCUCUCCCCAACACAGUCACACCUGCCCUAACUCCUGUUUGUCCCGUUCUCUCCCAACACAGUCACACCUGCCCUAACUCCUGUUUGUCCUGUUCUCUCCUCAAAACACAGUCACAACCUGCCCUAACUCCUGUUUGUCCGUUCUCUCCUCAACAACACAGUCACACCUGCCCUAACUCCUGUUUGUCCCGUUCUCUCCAACAACAGUCACACCUGCCCCUAACUCCUGUUUUGUCCCGUUCUCUCCCAACAACACAGUCACACCUGCCCUAACUCCUGUUUGUCCUUUCUCUCCCAACACAGUCCACACCUGCCCUAACUCCUGUUUGUCCUGUUCUCUCCAACAACACGUCACACCUGCCCUAACUCCUGUUUGUCCGUUCUCUCCAACAACACAGUCACACCCUGCCCUACUCCUGUUUGUCCGUUCUCUCCAACAACACAGUCACACCUGCCCUAACUCCUGUUUGUCCCGUUCUCUCAACAACACAGUCACACCUGCCUAACUCCUGUUUCCCGUUCUCUCCCACACACAGUCACACCUGCCCUAACUCCUGUUUGUCCCGUUCUCUCUCAACAACAAGUCACACCUGCCCUAACUCCUGUUUGUCCCUGUUUCUCUCCCAACAACACAGUCACACCUGCCCUAACUCCUGUUUGUCCUGUUCUCUCAACACAGUCCCUGCCUAACUCCUGUUUGUCUGUCUCCAACAAACAGUCACACCUGCCCUAACUCCUGUUUGUUCCUGUUCUCUCUCAACAACAGUCACACCUGCCCUAACUCCUGUUUGUCCUGUUCUCUCCUCAACAACACAGUCACCACCUGCCCUAACUCCUGUUUGUCCGUUCUCUCCAACCCGUCACACCUGCCCUACUCCUGUUUCCGUUCCAUCAACACAACACACCCUGCCCUAACUCCUGUUUGUCCCGUUUCUCUCCCAACACAGUCCACACCUGCCCUAACUCCUGUUUGUCCUGUUCUCUCUCAACAACACAGUCACACACUGCCCUAACUCCUGUUUGUCCCGUUCUUCUUCCCAACACAGUCACACCUGCCCUAACUCCUGUUUGUCCUUCUCUCAAAAACACAGUCCACACCUGCCCUACACUCCUGUUUGUCCCGUUCUCUCCCAACACAGUCACACCUGCCCUAACUCCUGUUUGUCCUGUUCUCUCAACAACACAGCACACCUGCCCUAACUCCUGUUUGUCCGUUCUCUCCAACACAGUCACACCUGCCCUAACUCCUGUUUUUGUCCCUGUUUCUCUCCCAACACAGUCACACCUGCCCUAACUCCUGUUUGUCCUGUUCUCUCCCACAACACAGUCACACCUGCCCUAACUCCUGUUUGUCCUGUUCUCUCCCAACCACAGUCAACACCUGCCCUAACUCCUGUUUGUCCGUUCUCUCCCAACACAGUCACACCUGCCCUAACUCCUGUUUGUCCUGUUCUCCUCUCCAACACAGUCACACCUGCCCUACUCCUGUUUGUCCCGUUCUCUCCCAACACAGUCACACCUGCCCUAACUCCUGUUUGUCCUGUUCUCCUCAACAACACAGUCACACCUGCCCCUAACUCCUGUUUGUUCCCGUUCUCUCUCAACAAACAGUCACACCUGCCCUAACUCCUGUUUGUCCUGUUCUCUCCAACAACACAGUCACACCUGCCCUAACUCCUGUUUGUCCUGUUCUCUCCCAACAACAGUCACACCUGCCCUAACCUCCUGUUUGUCCUGUUCUCUCCCAACAACACAGUCACAACACUGCCCUAAUUGUUUGUCCUGUUCUCCCCAACAACACAGUCACACCUGCCCUAACUCCUGUUUGUCCUGUUCUCUCUCAACAACACAGUCACACCUGCCCUAACUCCUGUUUGUCCUGUUCUCUCCCCAACACACAGUCACACCAUGCCUAACUCUGUUUGUCCAUGUUCUCCUUCCCAACAACCAGUCCACACCUGCCCUAACUCUGUUUGUCCCGUUCUCUCCCAACACAGUCACACCCUGCCCUAACUCAUGUUUGUCCCGUUCUCUCCCAACACAGUCACACCUGCCCUAACUCCUGUUUGUCCCGUUCUCUCCCAACACAGUCACACCUGCCCUAACUCCUGUUUGUCCCGUUCUCUCCCAACAACACAGUCACACCUGCAGGGCAUGGACGUCCGUCUGAUGCGGCAGCUCCUAUCGAUCAACGACGGCAUCGAGGCGACGCGCUGCGCCCUGGAGGUGGAGCAGGGGGUCCGGGACGGCAGC